AUGUCACGAGAAUUCAAUUUUAUCGAGAAAUUUUACCACGCCAGGUAUCAACAAGACUUGUUCGACACCUUUGUGACCUAUUCCCAUUUCGUCAACCCUUUGGACCGGAAUACCAUCGAAAAUGUUAUGGGAUCUAUUGUUCGCAGCCAUGCCUUUUUUCGCCAAGCAUGUCAUGAAUCCACGUUUAAUACACUCUCUCCAGAUCAGAUUGAUAUUGCUGCACAGAUAGAGAUUGUUUCACCCGAGAAAAUACCAGAAUUUUGCGUUGACCUAUGCUGCGCCACAUCUUCAUUUCCUUACGAAGGUGAAGUGGGCUGGCGAUUAUAUUACGCGGAAAACUCACAGAUUUUGAUUCUCCAUUGCAAUCACGUUCUCUUUGAUGGUCAAUCUGCUGCGAAUUUUCAUAAGCUGUUCGCAGAACAUGUUGGAGAUGGCAAAGGAAUCACAAUUGAUGGUCAAGUGGAUGUGCCAUUCGUCGAUUCUACACGACUAGUCAACUACUCUCCUUCAAAGCUUGAAAUAGUCAAAAAGGUUGCUGGUAUCCUUCUAAAGAGCUGGUGGUACCAUAGAAAUACCUUCAGAAUGCCUGCUGCUAUUAGUGCGCCUGGACGAAGAGCUCCUCAUAUAAAGGUCUUGACAUUAUCAAAAGAUCAGACUGAUCGGUUGAUUGCAGUUUGUCGCUCCCGCAAGGUCGCUCUCUCUUCUCUGUUAUUAUCUCUGACCCAUCUUGCAACCUUAUACCUUACGGCAAAUACUGAUGUGGUAUGUGAUGUGCCUGUUUCGCUGAGACGCUGGUUGGACAAGGAACAGGCUUCGACUGUUUAUCCUGGUUUCGAUCCUGACUUUGGUUUUUUUGUCACUGCGGCCUCUCUUCUGAUCCAUUCACAAAAGAAAUUUUCUUGGGAUAUCGUAAGCAAAUUGCAUGCUAAUUUGCAUGCCUUGGCGACACCACAAGCUAUUACCGAUGUUGGUCUUUUGGAGAGUGUGGAUGCUAACAAGUAUUUGAAGGAAGCCACCACAAAAUCUAAGGCAUCAACUUUUGAGCUUUCUAAUCUCGGCUCGAUCAAGUUGGACACGUCUGUUGUGGAUUCAGUGGUAUUUGUGCAGGCUCCAGGUCAUGUUAGUGGGUAUUUCUGCACAAACGCGGUCGGAUAUGGGACGGGACUGUCCAUCAGUUUGACGUGCGUGCAGGAGGUUAAUCAGAGUGCAUUUUUUGCUGAAUUUGAGAGGCUGUUAAUGGGAAUAAUUGAGACGGGAGAAGCCUAG